GUCAGACAGAACGACAAGUGUCUCCUGUCUUGCAACAGCCUGACAUGCGAGCAUGCGUCUAUCAUGUUCGCGUAGCAUAGCAGCAGCAGCAAGCACGCGAGCCCGAGCGCGUCUUCCAAUCCCGCCUCCGCCGUCGCCGUCGCCUUCGCCCUUUUCGCGCCAUCUCCUCUGUCGGCGAGAUUACAGCGCACACUCCCAGCCUGCAAGUCACGAUGUCGGAAUCCUAGGCGGCGGUAUCACAGGUCUGGCCAGCGCCUAUUUCCUCCUCCGCCAGCACCCGAACGCAAAGGUCACGCUCUACGAAUCAAAAGAUCGCGUGGGAGGUUGGCUGGAAAGCAAACGCGUGCCCGUCAAGGAUGGAAGUGUUCUGUUUGAAGCUGCUGCGCGCACCCUUCGACCACAGUCCAAUGGCGUUCUCACUGCGAGAUUGAUGCAAGAGCUAGAUCUCGCAAGGGAUGCCAUAUUCACCCAGCGCACCGCCCCCGCUGCCAGCAAUCGCUAUCUAUACUAUCCUGACCAUCUUGUGCGCAUGCCACAUCCAUCCUUCGGCAUGGCAAACAACAUUUGGAAUCUAUCGACGGAGCCAGUCUUCGAGACAGCACUGUGGAGUCUGAUCACGGAGCUCUGGAAAGAAGCCAGAGAUCCGAGCGUGCAAGAUGAAAGCAUAGGCAGCUUCUUUUCUCGACGCUUUAGUAGGACCAUGGUCGACCGCCUGCUGUCUGCAAUCAUCCAUGGCAUCUAUGCUGGGGAUGUGUGGAAGCUGUCGGCAAGGAGUCUGUUUCCUACUGCAUUCCGCGACGAAACCCUGCACGGUAGCAUAAUAUAUGGCAUGUUCAAGGCAAGAGCUGAUGGCAUUGAAAUGACCAAACGUGAAGCGGACUUUCUGCAAGAUAUGAAAGGCUUUGCAUGGGAUCCUCUGUUGAAGGCGACGCUGAAGGACACAUCGGUCUUUACAUUCAAGGACGGCAUCGGCAUGCUCCCGGAGGCAAUCUAUGCCUGGCUGUUCGGAUGUGGUCGCGUCGAGUUCAAGACGGGCACUCACGUGGACAAGAUCGCGCAAGCAGAGGACAACAGUGGGAUCGUGGUGACACAUAGUCAGGCCGCCGAGUCGCGGACACACAGUCAUGUGAUAUCUGCUCUCUCACCGACGCACUUGAACCAGGUCUCGGGGAAGGACUUGGUGAUGUCUCCUGCAACGGUGACUGCCAUGUCUGUCAACCUCUACUUCCGCACGCCGAAUUUGCAUGAGCCUGGCUUUGGCUAUCUUAUACCCAGUGCGACUCCGUUCGCGCAGAACCCUGAACGUGCUCUCGGUGUGGUCUUCGAUAGCGCGUACUCACCUUCGCCAGCUGAUGUCGAUGCGGGCAACUGGCGCGAAUUCAGUGCUGAGCAAAUGGAGAUGUUGAAGGCAGGGCGAGAAAGUGGUAAGCAACUAGUCAAUGUCAACGACUUCGCUUGGUACAACAUGCCAAAGCCACCAAACCUACAGGAUCAUGUUCCACAACGAGGCACGAAGCUCACUGUCAUGUUCGGUGGACACUGGUGGGAUGGUUGGCCUGCAUACCCCGACGAGAAAGAAGCACUGAGCAUGGCACGUUCUGUCCUUGAGCGCCACCUGGGCAUUAAAGAGGAAGCCGAAGCGUGGCAGGUCAAUUUGCAAAAGGACUGCAUCCCGCAAUACCAUGUCGGGCACGAACAGAAGCUCAAGGAUGCUCACAAUACCAUCUGGCGGGAAUACAAGGGCCGACUACGCGUGGCUGGAAACUGGAUGUGGGGAGUAGGGGUAAAUGACUGCCUACGGAGCGCAUAUGAAGUAGCGAAGAACAUGGAUCGCGAUGCAACCGGACUCGAGCAUGUCGGCGAGGCAGCGACAGUUCGACUGAAAGCAUUGAAGCCUGGUCAGAGAGCGAGUGAAGAUGGAUGAUGGAUAAAUGUGUACAUAUCGAUACUUGGCCAUAGAAACAAAGAGCAUUAUUCUGAUG